UGUAUACAAAACAACAAUUUUAUGAAUAUUACUGAAUUGUAUUGAUAUAGUGAUUGUGAUUGUGAUGGUGUUAUAAAUGCAUUGAAUCGGUGGUCAUAAAGUGCUGGGAAGUGCACGUAAUAUGGGAUCCAACUGUUCGUCUUUGCGAAGAAAUGGUAAGAAAGACAAGAAGACCAAAGCCGACGAGGAAGACAAUGACAAUGACGGUCAGUUAAAUAAGAUCCGCAAGAGUUCAACAGAUAGUCUGCCUUAUGGUAAGGCAUCGACAGGUGCAUCGGAUCCACACUCGGGUGGACACGAAUCCGCUCCACAACCCAGUGAUGAGAGAGGAGGACAAGAAAGCUCACGACAGCCCACCAUAAAAGUGGACGUUCCCACGGAAGACCAUUACCCGAACCCCUCACCCGUCCCACCCGUUGUCCUCUCACCCCCGCCUCCCAACACGAGUCCAACCAUUUCAGAGUCUUACUCUCGACCAGACUCGAGGUCAGUGUCGGGCAACACCUCCCCGGACACGACUGCCAAUCGAUGUUAUACUCAAUUAAUUGCCAUUAAAGACGACGACAAGUAUUUGAUCGCAAUAUCCCUUCACUCCAACGAAUUGACG